GAGAAGGAGGAAGAAAAAGGAUUUGGGGGGGUUGAGGGAAGAAACUCCCCCCUCUGAAUGUCCCCCCUCAGCUGGACCGGGGGGGGGGUUAAGAGCCUUCUCCAGACUUCCCCUUCCGAGUGUGUUGAAAGGGAAGAUCAAAGCCUCCUCCCCCGGGGUGGAUCUGAGCUUCUCUGGCAGGACUGGCCCAACGGAGGGGCGGAGGGUCUGCCUCUGCUGGCGCUGCCCGCCCCCCUCCUGCCCGGCUUCACCCCUUGCCCUGGGAUCACCCGCGCUGGUGGGAGGGCCUCCGGGUGCUACAGAAGGUCCACAGUACAGCGUGUAGUGGGCAAUGCUCGCAACAACCCUGUGAGGUGGGCCCGGGUGAAAGGCUGGAUAUAAUAGAUUGGCUCUUGAGAGCUGUUCCCCAUUGUGGCAAAAUCUGUGAGAGUCCCAGAGGUGGCCUAGUUGACGUCUCCUCCAUCUCCCCCACAGGCAGCGCAAUGGCCUCAGAGGCACCGUCCGGAUCGUCUCUUCCCUGGGGCAGAAUGGGAAGAGGUGCUGGGCGGCCACCUCAGAAAUUUCAAAACUGGAUUUCAUCUUUUGCCUGGAGAGACCAGCAGAAGAUGCCCAGAAGAAAGAGAAUUAUACGGAAGCACAAAUGGUGUUAUUGGUAAUAGCCAAAUGUGAAGCACAAAAAGAGAUGUUUGGAAAUCAUUGGGGACCAAAAAAGGAUGAAGGAAACUAGUCAAAGAAUGGGAUUAAGAAAUCCUCUUCUCAGAUUUUGCAUCGAAGAACCCACACAGGGAACAAACCAUUUAAAUGCAUGGAAUGUGGAAAGAGCUUCGGUCAGAAUGGUAACAUUGCUGAAUACGAAAGAAGCCACACAGCAGAGAAACCAUUUAAAUGCAUGGAGUGUAGACAGAGCUUCAGUGUAAGCAGCAGCCUUACUUCACAUCGCACAACACACACAGCGGAGAAAUUAUUUAAAUGCAUGGAAUGUGGAAAGAGCUUCAGUCGAAGCUGUGACCUUAUUAGACAUCAACGAACACACAGAGGAGAGAAACCAUUUAAAUGCAUGGAGUGUGGAAAGAGGUUCAGUCAGAAUAGUUACCUUAGGAUACAUCAAAGAAUCCACACGGGAGAAACCAUAUAAAUGCAUGGAGUGUGGACAGUGCUUCAGUGUAAGCAGCAGCCUUACUUCACAUCGCACAACACACACAGCGGAGAAAUUAUUUAAAUGCAUGGAAUGUGGAAAGAGCUUCAGUCGAAGCUGUGACCUUAUUAGACAUCAACAAACACACACGGGAGAAACCAUUUAAAUGUAUGGAGUGUGGAAAGAGGUUCAGUUGCAAUGGUCAACUUAGUAUGCAUCAACGAACACACACAGGGGAGAAACCAUUUAAAUGCAUGGAUUGUGGAAAGAGGUUCACUGCCAGCAGUAGCCUUACAUCACAUCAAAGAACACACACAGGGGAGAAACCAUUUACAUGCAUGAAGUGUGGAAAGAGCUUCAGUAGAAGCAGUCACCUUACUUCACAUCUCAGAACACAAAGAGGGGAGAAACCAUCUAAAUGCAGAGAAUGUGGAAAGAGCUUCAGGGGGAGCAGUAGCCUUACUUCACAUCAAAGAACCCACAUAGGGGAGAAACCAUUUAAAUGCAUGGAGUGUGGAAAGAGCUUCAAUCAGAAUAGUUACCUUAGGAUACAUCAAAGAAUCCACACGGGAAAAAACAUAUAAAUGCAUGGAGUGUGGACAGUGCUUCAGUGGCAGCAGCAGUCUUACUUCACAUCGCGCAACACACACGGGAGAAAUUAUUUAAA